AUGGAUCUUGAUCCUAAUUUGACGAUUAGCGAUGUGCUAGUCUUGGAGAACCUUUUGGACGAUAUUAAAACAUGGAAGAAAAAGGAACAAGAUGGUGAAGCCGUGAUACAAAGUAGGACGUCUCACAAUGAAGAGACGGUCAAGAAACUGCAGGCGUUAAAUGAUCCUCAGCAUUCGGACUUCGAGCCCAGCGUUGUGUUUACAUGGGACCUCAGGGAUCUUCGCCUGUACCCUUGGCUCGACAGGUGGAUUCUGCAGCCCUACAUCGGCCUGGCAAGAAGAAUCGUUCGCCAUGAGACCGACGUGGUGAUGCUCUCCCAUAUUCUGCUCUACCUCACUACCUCCGUCCCCAGCGCAGUCCUCUUAUAUUAUAGAUUCAGCUGGACCCAUGGGGUCCUGCAUUGGCUCAUGCAAAGCUACUAUACCGGGACAUAUACCCUGUUGAUGCACCAGCAUAUCCAUAUGGGGGGAGUGCUGAAACCGAAAUACCGCUGGCUGGACAUGACAUUCCCCUAUAUCACGGAUCGCCUGAUGGGACAUACCUGGAACAGCUACUACUAUCACCAUGUCAAGCACCACCAUGUGGAGGGCAAUGGGCCGGACGAUCUCUCGUCGACCAUCCGGUAUCAACGGGAUGACCUGUUCGACUUUCUUUGCUACUUUGGCCGGUUCUUGCUGUGUAUUUGGUUCGAGCUACCCCGCUACUUUUUCCGCAAGGGUAAUCUUCGCUGUGCGUUCAAGGCGGGGGCGUGGGAGAUUCUCAGCAUGGCGUCGAUGUACUGGGCCUGGAAAUAUCUCGGGUGGAAACCAACGCUCUUUUGCUUCGUCCUUCCAUUUGUGCAGCUGCGCCUGGGGCUGAUGGUGGGCAACUGGGGGCAGCAUGCCUUUGUGGACGAGGUUGAUCCGGACUCGGACUUUCGCUCGAGCAUUACAUUGAUAGAUGUCGCAAGUAACCGUUUCUGCUACAACGAUGGCUACCACACUUCCCAUCAUUUGAAUCCUCGCCGCCACUGGAGGGAGCACCCCGUGGCCUUCCUGCAACAGAAGGACCGAUAUACCACCGAGAAUGCACUGGUGUUCCGCAAUAUCGACUACAUUAUGAUCACCGUGAGACUGAUGCGGAAGGACUAUCUCCAUCUCGCCAAGUGUUUAGUUCCAUUGGGGGAUCAGAUCGGGAUGGAGCAGGGCGAAAUUGCGGAAAUGCUGCGCACCAAGACUCGCCGAUUCACUGAAGAGGAGAUCAGGCGCAAAUUUCCCCAAAAGAACCAGAGUCAUCACUAA